AUGCUGGCAGUUCUAUGGACCGCAUUGUUCUGUCUGUUACAUGUUGUUGUUGGCGGCACUGAUGAUCACCCGAACUUGAGUGUGGUUGGCCCAGUGAGCAAGGUCGUUGGAGGCACCCAACAACCGAUCGAAGAAUUCCCUUUUCUAGGGACGCUGCAAUCCUACAAACACUUCUGCGGGGCCUCUAUCAUUGAUGAGGAAUGGAUUCUGACCGCAGCGCAUUGUAUGGAGGGAGAAAAAAUCGAAAACCUGUUCAUCGCCGUCGGAACAAAUGGAUCUGACCGCAGCCAUACUUCACAAGCGCAAAAAGGCUACAUAUCCGAGGUAUUCGUCAACCCCGGAUACGUUGAGACGAAUGACGAAAUUUUGCUUCAUGAUCUGGCGCUGCUCAAGCAGACCUUCGCCUUCGAAGAGAAGCAUACCCACCCAGACUACAUAGACGAAGACGGUUUUCCUCAAGACGACGUUGCGUUGAUUAAGUUGGCAAAGCCUAUUCAGUAUGGUCUACGUGUACAACCGCUGGUGCUAACCAGAAAAUUGGAAAUUGCAAAUGACACAAACAUCGUCAUUCUUGGGUGGGGCUUAACAAAAGCAGGAGGUCCUUUCACCUCUGAAAGCCUUUUGGGCUUUACCGGGAAAUUUGUACCGAGCUGCAGCUCAUCUUCUAAACUAUGCUUUGAUGGCGGAAACAAGGCCCGUGGGACUUGCGACGGGGAUUCAGGCAGCCCACUCGUGUACUGCAAUCGCCGCAUCAACAAAUUUGUGCAAGCUAGCUUGCAACUCAUUGAGCUCGAAAGCCUGCACGGGCUCGUGACGCCCGACAUUGGUCUCAUUAAGCUCCGACAUCCGAUCAAACUCGGGAAGCGGGUCCAGAAAAUCCUAUUGAAACGAAACCUGAAGGUCAAGAAUGGCACCGACAUCCAUAUCAUGGGAUGGGGCUACGGUGCCCCAUUGAAUGCAAAGGGCGAUCAUCAGCUCCAUGGCUACGUUGCCAAUUUUUUAUACAAGUGCAACGCGUGGAUCUGCUUCCGCCACGAGCUGUCUGCCGUCUGCCCGGGCGAUUCCGGAGGUCCAAUGGCCGUUCAUGUCCCGCAGCUGGAUGCCUACGUCCAGCAUAGCCUAGUGCAUGGCGUCGGCCCGGGCAAAUGUGGAAGUGUGGGACAAUUCACCAGCGGCCCCGAGCUGGCCAACUACUGCGACUGGAUCGACAAGACGGUGGGAAAGAAGAUUUGCAUC